AUUAAAAUUUUUCAUAAUUAAACUUCAAAUUUUUCUCUAUAUAUACACUCUCACUUUGUUCAUCGUAUAGUUUCUCUAUAUAUACUGUGUGUGUUCAUCAUGCAAGGUGUUGGCCGUUACCCGCCGUUAUCUAACGGCGUCGGAGUAACGUUAGAACUCAGCACAACUACCAGCUCGCCGUUAGCAAUCGACGUGACGGAGUCAACGGAGAUGAGAAUCCGGCGACUCAUCGGCGAGAAUCCCGUCGUUAUUUUCACACGUUCACCUUGCUGUUGCAUGUGCCACGUCAUGAAACGUCUGUUAUUGUCCUCCGUCGGCGUUCACCCUGCUGUUAUUCAAUUGGAAGACGACGAGAUCGCCGCCCUCUCCGCCUCCGCCGCCGUAGACGACGGUGGUGAGACACGUGGCGGUGGUGAUAAGGCGGAGAACGGUGGUGGUAUGGAUGAGAUGCCGGCGAUGUAUAUAGGAGGGACACGUGUCGGAGGAUUAGAGAGCCUCGUGGCACUUCAUCUAAGUGGUGGACUUGUUCCAAAGCUCGUGGAAGUUGGUGUUGUCACUUACAAUAAUUAUAAGGUAUAGUAAAUAAUAAUUUGUAAUUUUAUAUUUUUAAAUGGAAAAAAGAAAAAAAUAUACCUAAAAUUUUAACGAAA